AUGCAAAAUGAUCGCCCGAUAAUAGAAAACGAGUCAUCGGUGCCAUCAACCUCCAACUCUUCUGUGGCUUCUAGUAGCCAAUUUUCUGCGGACGUUUUUAGUAGUGGUAGUAAUAGCAAUAAUACUUCAAAUUCAUCAUCUCCAACAACAACACAAAAUCGGAGAAGAAGAGUUGUAUUUGUUGAUGAAAUGAAAGACGAAAAUUGGAGCGAUGAUGAUGGCGAUCUUUUACUCAAUGAUUCAUCGUAUGAUAGUCAUGGAAGUAACCGCAGCAGUAGUGGAGGUGAUGACUCGGAUCAUGAACAUAAACAUGUUCGCUUCAACGAGAAGGUCCGAGUGCGAGAAGAACGACCCAUUGAUAGUUAUUCGGAACAAGAAUUUAUCGAUGAUCCAUUAUUGAUGUCUGAUAAUACAUUGCUGGACAAGGAGGCAAAUACCAAGGGAAAUCCGGUUGCAAUACGGAAACUCUCGGUUCGAAAAAUUAGCCUCGAGUCCAUGGUGAAAGGAAAUAGAGUUUACGUCUCAGAGAAAUUAUUUCAUGAGUUGAGAAAGCAAGCAUUCUAUGAACGAUAUUCAGUGGAGUCCGUCACAUUUUCUUCUAAUCCUUCUCGACAAGAAAUUAUUUAUUUAUUACUCUCUUCACGAGGGAAAAGAUAUGUCUAUCAUUGUUUACCUGAACAAUAUGAAGCAGCGAAUUCGAAAAAGAAAAAGUCUUUUAUGAAGAAAAAUAUGAAAACAAUUGCUUUGAAUUUCUUUCAACGAGAAUCUCUCGAAGUUGAUGAAUUUGAUGAAGUAACAAUAGAGUCUUCAUAUCUAGAGUGGGAUGUAGAAGAGAGAUUGUGCCCAGACUUUUACUCAUUUACAUUCGGAAACAGAACCAAAGUUGCAGUUUUGGAGAGCAUUGUUUUUACUGUCAAGUAUGAAGAGGAUAUCAUUGGUCUACUAAAACUCAGAAAUAACUCACUUAAUUCAAAACUCGAUGAGAAUACACUUAAAGAACAAUUUUCAAACUUUGUCAAGGUCAAUUACAUUGGACAUAUCUUUGGAAAAAACCAAACCAUUGGAUUGGAUUAUUCCUCCAUGAACAAGCACUCUAAAAAGACUAAGAGCUGUGUUGAGUUUUUUGUGAGCAACUUGUAUUUUGCACGCAACGAGAUUGCCCAUUUUGGUGUUAUCACUUCUAAUACUGCUGUAGACAUUGUCAUUUCACAACCAAAUAAGAAUUUCCUAGAUCGUGAGGUUAUUUUCAAGGAACAACCUACAUUAUUGAUGAAAAUUGCUCCCCUUUCACAUACGAGUGAUGCCAAGUUUGAUUGUGCUUUUUGCAGCACGUCGCUGAUAGAGACAAAUCAACUAAGCCACACAGAUACUCAAAAUUUAGUUCUCUAUGCAAGAAUCUUUCCAAGUUCAGUACUGUACAGAGUGAUACUACGAGAUAUGGACGAAGAUAAGAUACUCAUAGGAAAAUAUCAAAGACAAACAUGUGGUGUUGGGAUUGGUCAAGAAAUACCUGUUCGAUUCUUCUUUAUGGAUCCAUCAAAAUGCCGAGAAAAAACCAAUGAUGAAAUUAAUUGUGAAAUUAGAGACAAAAGUAACCCAUACUAUAGCCACCCUCACUACGAUUUCAAAACAUACACCAUUUCCAAGGAGUUACCAUUGUACAGCGAGAAGUGUUUUCGAUCUCUUCAAACUAUUACUUUUAAAUUAGAUGAUUUAAGUGGCUCUGCAGUUUCUUUCAGUACAUUACUUGGAUAUAUUUAUUAUUUCUAUCAUUAUCAUUACUUUGAAAUUGGGCAUGAUAUUGUCUUUUCCCUAGGAUACCUAAAACUAAAAUUGAAGGUAAUUUCCAUCAACGGCCAAAGUGUACUAAGUAGUGCACGUGGAGGACACUAUGGAGGAUUCAUUGGCAAUGAUACCUUGUGCUAUUUUGAAAAGUCACGAGCUUUUGAAUUUAAAUCAAUACCGUCCCAUGAUUUGAUUGAACUUCAACAAAGUAUCCAUCUAUUUGAUGGCUCUCUCACCACAGAUAGUGACGACGACAGCUUUUUUGUGAACAGUAUGUGUCCUGAAAAACGACAGCCUCAAUGCUUUGAAAUUCAAUACCAUUCGAAUCGACCUUCUACGAUAGGCAUUGUCUACCAAUAUAAUACCAGAGAGAAGUUUGACAUUGCUACAAGACUCAACAAAUCCCUUCAAUUUUCCAAGAUUAUUCGAUUUACAUGCUAUGAAAACUCAUCGCCGUUCCGACACAUGGUCAUUAAUUUGGAUCAAAUGAUCAUUGAGCUCUUUGAUACACAUGCACGCCUGAUUGAGGCUGUGGGACAGGAAAUCAUAGACACCUCAUUUGAUUUUGGAGAGAGUGAAUUUUUCACAGUACCCGAAUGGCGAAGUCACUUUUUCAACAAUAGGCUUCAAAGAGCUACGUUUAGCGACAUUGCUCUUCAUUGUUCAUGCAGUCUCUAUAUGGAUAAGUUUAUCAUCAUGCACGGAGGUUGUGAACAGAGUCAGAAUAUGGAGUUAAAGACAACAAAAUCUAUACUUAUAUAUUCGUUGAAAGAUAGAAGAUUACUGAAAGUUGAACUCGAGGAUCAAGAACCUUUCAUCUAUACACUUUCAUUAUGCCAUCAUGUUUCUCAUAUUUAUGGAAAAGAUACGUUGAUAUUGUAUGGAGGAUUGUCCUACGAUCCUCAACAAAAAAAGUACAGCUCCAUGAAUAACUUAUUUUCCCUUAAUUUAAGAACACUAGAAUGGAAAUAUAUUGAAACGAGAAAUGAGGGACCAUCUGUCUAUCACAUGACAUCGAUUCAAUCACAAGAUUCACUAUUUAUUUGUGGUGGUGUUCACAGCAGUACCAAAGUCACUGAAUAUCCAUUCAUUUGGGAAUUGAACUUGUAUACUUUAUUUUGGCGAAAAUUAAGUAUUGAAGAACCUUUCGAGGAUUCCAACAUUGGAUGCUAUUGCCGUUCUCUCCUUAAAUUCUGUCCCAACACGUCACAACUUGUUUUUCUCCAAAUUCGUAGAGAACCCAAAGACGAGCACUACGACAGCAAUUACUACAAGUUAUCAAAACUUCAAAAAGGUUCAAGACAUUUAAGAAUACGUAAAAUAACUGUCAUUUUGGACAAGUCUCCCCUCAAAGCCUAUUCCAAGUGGAAAAUAGUGUCCAGUUCGCUUCAUGGGCCCUUAAUUUCUUCUGAAAAUUACACUUUCCAAGACUUGGUAUUUUCUUUUGAGAUGUGA